AUGGAUCCGUCUCCAGCUAAGCUGGCCAAAUGGAUGAGCUUUGCAAUAUUGCAUUUUAAAAUAGAGAAUUCUGUGGCAGUUGUACCAGUUUGCUGGCUCGGAGAGAAGCCUGAAACAUGUUAUUGGCCCAACCAUUUACGUGCUACACGUCUAGAAAUGUCAGUGAAGCAAAGAGAACCCCCAAAUGAUGAUUGGGAGUGUCUAACUGAAGCUAGAGUUUUGCAUCGUUAUGAUACGUAUGCACAGGCUAGAUCUAAUUUGGCAUGUGCAGAAUUAGAUACAUCAGCUUUGGAUUCAGAUUAUGUAAAAAAUCCUGAGCAAAUUAAGCGAAAAUGUAAAACAGUUUUUUCUGAUUGGGUUGAUUCUGAUGAUGAUGAAUUUAUUGAACCAGUGUCCAGUGAUUUGCCAAAGCCAGGUUUACAGUGUUAUAAUAAUAUUGUUUUCUACUAUUAAUAAUUUGUUUAUUACUUUAUUAU